AUGAGGUUCUUCACCAAGCUGGACCAGCUCAUCGAGUUUUACAAGAAGGAGAACAUGGGCCUGGUGACCCACCUGCAGUACCCGGUGCCGCUGGAGGAGGAGGACCCGGGCGACGAACCAGAGGAGGAGACAGAAAGUGUCCCGUCUCCACCUGAGCUGCCACCGAGAAACAUCCCGCUUUCUGCCGGGCCAUGCGAGGCCAAGGAGGCUCCUCUCUUGGGCGAGAAUCCAAGAGCCACGGAGGGCAGCCGGCCCAGCCUCUCCGAGACGCUCUUUCAGCGGCUCCAGAGCAUGGACACCAGCGGGCUUCCGGAAGAGCAUCUGAAGGCCAUCCAGGAUUACUUAAGCACUCAGCUCGCCCUGGACGCCGAGUUCGUGAAGACGGGCUCCAGCGGCCUCCCUCAUCUGAAGAAACUGACAGUGCUCCUGUGCAAGGAGGUCUACGGAGAAGUCAUCCGGACCCUUCCCUCCCUGGAGUCUCUGCAGAGGUUGUUUGACCAGCAGCUCUCCCCGGGCCUCCGUCCGCGGCCUCAGGUGCCUGGUGAGGCCAGUCCAGUCAACAUGGUGACCAAGCUCAGCCAACUGACAAGUCUACUGUCCUCGAUUGAAGAUAAGGUCAAGGCCUUGCUGCACGAGGGCCCCGAGGCUCCCAACCGGCGGUCUCUCAUCCCUCCAGUCACCUUUGAGGUGAAGUCAGAGUCUCUGGGGAUUCCUCAGAAACUGCAGCUCAAAGUCGAUGUUGAAUCUGGGAAACUGAUCAUUAAGAAGUCCAAGGAUGGCUCUGAGGACAAGUUCUACAGCCACAAGAAAAUCCUGCAGCUCAUCAAGUCUCAGAAGUUUCUGAACAAGUUGGUGAUUUUGGUGGAAACAGAGAAGGAGAAGACCCAGAGGAAAGAAUACGUUUUUGCUGACUCCAAGAAGAGAGAAGGCUUCUGCCAGCUCCUGCAGCAGAUGAAGAACAAGCACUCGGAGCAGCCGGAGCCCGACAUGAUCACCAUCUUCAUCGGCACCUGGAACAUGGGUAACGCCCCCCCUCCCAAGAAGAUCACGUCCUGGUUUCUCUCCAAGGGGCAGGGAAAGACGCGGGAUGACUCUGCUGACUACAUCCCCCACGACAUCUACGUGAUCGGCACCCAGGAGGACCCCCUGGGCGAGAAGGAGUGGCUGGAGAUACUCAAAAACUCCCUGCAAGAAAUCACCAGCAUAACUUUUAAAACGAUCGCCAUCCACACCCUCUGGAACAUUCGAAUUGUGGUGCUGGCCAAGCCGGAGCACGAGAACCGGAUCAGCCACAUCUGCACUGACAACGUGAAGACAGGCAUCGCCAACACUCUGGGGAACAAGGGAGCUGUGGGGGUAUCAUUCAUGUUCAAUGGGACCUCCUUGGGGUUUGUCAACAGCCACUUGACUUCUGGAAGCGAAAAGAAACUCAGGCGAAACCAAAACUACAUGAACAUUCUUCGGUUUCUGGCUCUGGGAGACAAGAAACUGAGUCCCUUUAACAUUACUCACCGCUUCACCCACCUCUUCUGGCUCGGGGAUCUCAACUACCGCGUGGAGCUGCCCACCUGGGAGGCAGAAGGCAUCAUCCAGAAGAUCAAGCAGCAGCAGUACUCAGACCUCCUGUUGCACGACCAGCUGCUCAUGGAGAGGAAGGAGCAGAAGGUCUUCCUGCACUUCGAGGAAGAAGAAAUCACGUUCGCGCCCACCUACCGUUUUGAAAGACUGACUCGGGACAAAUAUGCCUACACUAAGCAGAAAGCCACGGGGAUGAAGUACAACCUGCCGUCCUGGUGCGACCGCGUCCUCUGGAAGUCCUACCCCCUGGUGCAUGUGGUGUGCCAGUCCUACGGCAGCACCAGCGACAUCAUGACGAGCGACCACAGCCCUGUUUUUGCCACUUUUGAGGCAGGAGUCACCUCCCAGUUUGUCUCCAAAAACGGCCCGGGGACUGUUGACAGCCAGGGGCAGAUCGAGUUCCUCAGAUGCUUCGCCACCCUGAAGACCAAGUCCCAGACCAAGUUCUACCUGGAGUUCCACUCGAGCUGCUUGGAGAGUUUUGUCAAGAGUCAGGAAGGAGAAAAUGAAGAAGGAAGCGAAGGGGAGCUGGUGGUGAAGUUUGGUGAGACUCUUCCGAAGCUGAAGCCCAUUAUUUCUGACCCCGAGUACCUGCUGGACCAGCACAUCCUGAUUAGCAUUAAAUCCUCCGACAGUGACGAGUCCUACGGCGAGGGCUGCAUCGCUCUACGGUUAGAGGCCACGGAAACCGAGCUCCCCAUCUACACGCCUCUCACCCACCACGGAGAGAUGACGGGCCACUUCCAGGGGGAGAUCAAGCUGCAGACCUCCCAGGGCAAGAUGAGGGAGAAGCUGUACGACUUCGUGAAGACUGAGCGGGAUGAGGCCAGCGGGCCCAAGUCUCUGAAGAGCUUCACCAGCCACGACCCCAUGAAGCAGUGGGAGUCUGCCAACAGGGUCCCUCACUGCGGUGGCUCCAACAUCACUGAAAUCAUCAACCCCAAUUACAUUGGCAUGGGGUCCUUGGGGCACAUGAAGCAGGCACCAUCCCCCGACCAGCAGCCCACAGCCUGGAGCUACGACCAGCCGCUCAAGGACCCCUCCCUGGGACCCGGGAGGGGGGAGAGCCCUCCGACGCCGCCCUCGCAGCCGCCCGUAUCGCCCAAGAAGUUUUCGUCCUCCUCCUCGACCCGCGGUCCCUGUCCCAGGACACAGGAAUCCAGGCCUGGCGAUGCGGGGAAGAACGCAGCGGAACCUUUGCCUCAGGAAGAGCCUGAGCUGGCCAAGCCCGAGAUGUUUGAGAACCCGCUGUACGGGUCUGUGAGUUCUUUCCCUAAGCCGGCUCCCAGGAGAGAGCAAGAAUCUCCCAAAAUGCUGAGGAAGGAGCCCCGGCCAUGCCCAGACACAGGAUCCUUGUCGCCCAGCAUCCUGCUCUCCAAAGCCCAGGACGCCGAGGGCAGCAAGGGGACAGGCAAGCCGGUGCCCACGCCCUUCGUCAGCCCCACGCCCCGGCUCCGCUCCUUCACUUGCUCGACCUCUGCCGAGGGCCGGCCGGCCACUGGGGACAAGAGCCAGGGGAAGCCCAAGGCCCCUGCCACCGCCCAAGCCCCAGUGCCAGCCAAGAGGCCCAUCAAGCCUUCCAGGUCGGAGCUGAGCCAGCAGGCCCCGCCCACGCCGGCUCCACGGCCCCCUCUCCCCGCCAAGAGCCCGGCAGUCCUGCACCUGCAGCACUCCAAGGGCCGCGACUACCGCGAGAACGCCGAGUUCCCCCACCAGGGCAAGCACCGGCCCCCCGAGGACACGCCGCUCAGCAGGGCUGCCAUGCAGUGAAGCGCCUGGUGAGCUGCUCGCAAGACGGGAGCCCAGAGGAGCAGCACCAAGCCACCCCGACCCUCCCCUGGGACGUGCUGCUGGCCCCUCCUACCCAGCUUCCCAUGCAGGACUUCGUACUUUUCAGGAGAAGCCCAGCGCCUGUGUGAUCAGCAGAGUGUGCCGGCUUCGAAACUUGGCCCCACGGGCUGAGGCUGGGAGGGAAAGUGCCCCCGACAGGCACCAGCCAACUUGCACCCUUGGGCCCCCAGCUUGAUCGUGGUACUUGGGACCCAAGAGCCUUGUUCUGGUCGCCAUUUUGAACUAAAAAUGCUGAUUUCCGGGUGGAAAUAGAAAUAAUAAUAAUAUUAAUAAUAAUAAUAAUGGCUGCAUGUAUCGAGCACUCACCACAUGCCAGGUACCUGCUAACUGCUUCACAAACAGUAUGAGUUGAGUCUUCUUCAGCCAAGCGAAGCCACAUUCCCAGACCCCCAGUUCAAAACAGCAUGUCCUGAGUGGUUUGGACAAAGCAUUAAAAAUUAAGGCCGGUGCCCUGCUGGAGUGAGACAGGGCUUGGACUGCAGGAAGCUGAAGAGUGAGUGUUAAUUUAGGGUACAAGAAACCUGGCCUUGGGGCUUUGGUGACAAAAACUGCUUUAGGUAAAGUCCCAGGGGCUCGGGGCAGAGCCGGUGCUGAGAGCAGGGUUCUGGCCGGUCCUCUCAGUUCUUCAUUCGAAGGAGGACGGGCCCCUCUGAUUCUUCAGUGGGGAGGUCCGGCUUCAGCCCAGGCUGGAGACGCCCGGGCCUGAGUCAGGGCCCCUGUGCCCCAACUGCUGUGGCCGCGGCUGAGCCAGGCCCCCAACACUUACCCCAUCGUGCUAAUCCCAGAGCGUCUGCUGCUGCUCCUGAACCUGAGCGCCCUGCCUGGCUGCCUGGGACAGGGGGCGGCGGGGAGCAUCUCAGUGCCUGGCUCUCAAAACAGCACGGCCUUUUCUCUGAGCUCCCGUGGCCGCGGGCCCUGCUUCCCUGAUUGCUAGAAUCGAUCCGUGAUGUCUUUCCUUGUGUUGCUUUCUCACAUAACAGAAUUAACGUAGGAAACCAAAUCCAGAAGUGUGCUUGUGAGUACGAGAGACUGGAUACAUCCCCACGUCCCCUCGUGUGCCAGUCUGUG